AUGGAGCGCUUUUUUUAUCUAUGUGAUCUGAGUUUUUUUUCGUCUUCGAUGGUUCAAGGAUCUAUAAUAGCAUGCGAUAAGAUGGGAACGAUUCAUACGAUAAUGCCGAUAAUGGGGGAAAUAGCAGUGGAUCAUUUUAAGAAGGACAUUAAGUUUUAUCCUGUUGAUGAUCUUUGCUUUACCACGGCUGAUAUGGUGAGGGGGAUCCGUGUGUGGGAUAGAUGCCGAGCGGAGAUAGUGUAUUCGUACAAGGAAGACAGCAUCAGGAUGCAUGCAUAUGGCAACAAUGGAUGUAUGGCGGCAGUUGGAGAGGGAAGUGUCAAGCUGUAUGAUCUUCGGGUGCGGUACAGCAUCGAUGCGAUUCCUGUUGGGAUGUGCAAGAUGGCUGAGUGGGGCGAUAGCCGAGUGUACUGUGUUGGAGAGAGCAGCAUUGUGGAAUACGACACUCGAAACCUGUGCAACAUGGUGAGUGGGCAGCGAAGCGAGGACAGGAUGAAUGUUGGCAAGCUGGAGGGAGUGAUUGAUUUUGCAAGCAUGUAUAAGGGAGAGUUCUGUAUACUGAAGAGGAACGGUUCAUUGCAUUUGCAGAAGAUUGAGGGGCUUAAGGAAGUGGGAGGAUAUGAAAGGCCGACUGUGGGGUCUAAGAUGAUCAAGAUCCGGAAUGAGAUUGACGAUUUUGCAAUUGGAGUGCUUGACGAGAACAGAGUUUGUGUCUAUGAGUAUAGAGACACAUGGGCAUGUGCGAUUGAUGGAGUGCAUCAUGUAGACUGGAUGUGGUUUUGCCAAGACAAUUGCUAUGUGUUUGCGGACCGAAAGGUGUACCUGAUGGAGGGAGGGUAUGAGGAGUUCAAGAAGGCAAUGAGGAAGGGUGAAUAA